AAUAACACGACUUUAAAAUAAAAUAAAAAAGCUUUCUACGCUAAUAAUAUGGCAUUUUACAGUUCGUAACUAUUCCUUUUAUAAUUUUAUUCAAUAAUAAAAAUCAUAGGCCGGACUAGCUCGCUGGCUGUUGCUGCGCUGCGGUUUCUUUCUCUUCUUUUGAGUUGCUCCUCCCAUAAUCUGGCAUGGGAGCUUGCUAGAAAGUAGAAAACUAUCGUUGGGUUGUUUGGAGUGUUUUUUUCGCCGCUGUAUUUUCCUGGAAAAAGGGCCUGGCUUUGUCUGACGAUUCAUGGGGGAGAUUCAAACAUCUGGAAAGCCAAUUGAUUCUCUACUUGAGAAGGUCUUGUGUAUGAAUAUUCUUUCUUCAGAUUAUUUCAGAGACCUUUACCGUUUGAAGACUUACCAUGAGGUGAUCGAUGAAAUAUACAAUCAAGUUGAUCACGUGGAGCCUUGGAUGACUGGAAACUGCCGGGGACCUUCCACAGCAUUUUGCCUUUUGUACAAGUUUUUCACCAUGAAGCUCACUUCUAAGCAAAUGCAUGGGCUAUUGAAACAUCCUGAUUCUCCUUACAUAAGAGCUAUUGGAUUCCUGUACCUUAGGUAUGCUGCAGACCCAAAAACUUUGUGGAGCUGGUUUGAACCAUAUAUUAAAGAUGAUGAGGAGUUUUCUCCAGGAUCUAAUGGUAGAAUGACAACUAUGGGUGUGUAUGUGCGAGACUUACUUCUUGGACAGUAUUACUUCGACACCCUUUUCCCUCGUGUACCUGUGCCUGUUGUGCGGCAGAUUGUCUUGCAUCUCGAAAAGAUGAAGCUGCCUACAAAGUCUUCAGGUUCAAUAGGAGAGAACAGUCGGAUUGGAUCAGAAGAUACAGCACGCCGUCCUCCUUCCGUUAAGGCUGCUCUCUCUGUUUCUUUUGGCCAGCGUGCUCCUCAUCGGUCAUCAACUAGAGAUUCGUCUCCUGUUCGUCGUAACAUACCUACACCUCCCUAUGACCAGGGUGGCAGUGAGGAUUCUCGGAGGUCUCCAAAUAGGCAUCGCAGCCAAAGCCGUGAUUUAUCUGACAGAGAGUAUUCUGGUAAGGAUAGGGACAAAGAGAAGAGCCGGGAUCGGGAACGAGGAAACUACCCUGACAGAGAGCUCUGGGAUCGAGAUAGGGACAGAGCAAGGAGCCGAGACAGAGAUCGAGAUUAUGAAAGAGACAGAGAGCGCAGACGUGAUUAUGAUAGAGGCAGGUAUUCUGAAAGGGACAGUGGCAGAAGGGAUAGAGACGAUGGAAGAUAUAGAGAGUACCGUUCUCAAAGAAGUCGAAGUCGAAGUAGAAGCAGGAGUAGAAGCAAAAAUCGGAGGUCUCCAUCUCCCAUUUGGAAUAAUUACUCGGGUACGCAAUGUGAUAAAAGCAAAGAGAAAGCGACAGCAUCAUCCAAUCUGGCCAAGCUUAAAGAUCUAUAUGGUGAUUCGGGUGAUCGGAAAGGCGAUGCGAGCGCAGACCGAGGGUAUAACAAAAAUAGUGGCGCUGAAGAGGUUAUUAAAUUAGGGGGUGCCAGUUGGAGGUGAUAGGCAUGUUAAGGGGGUGCCUGUGUACUUUUCAGUCUUAAUAUUAAUGUCUGCCUGUUUUUAGGACUGUUAGACCUGAAACAGACUUUUAUAUUUUUCUCUUUUCCAACAUUUUGAUGCAAUUUUCUGUUGUAUAUUAGAUUUUAGUCAUCUCCCAUUUCUAAUAGAGUCAAAUAUUUAUACUUAAAAUUCAUUUCUGUCUACAAUGGACUAUGGUCAACUGACUUUUUAAAACUGUGUGUUUAUUAUUUUUCACCAAUUAUUGUAUAAGACGGUCUCAUCGAGACAUGCACCUUAUAAUUGAG